CUCAAUCCAGACCUGCCGAUUCCGCCUCUGGGGCUGGGAGCUUCCGCGUCUCUGCCUCUUGUCUCUGGGCGGCAUCCAUGGGCUCCGCUAGGCUCCCCCUGAUGCUGCUGGUGGUGGGGGCGCUGGCCCGAGUCCCCGGAAGCGAAGGGGGGAAGGAGACCCCCGCCCAUUUCUUGGCCCAAGUGAAGUCCGAGUGCCAUUUCUUCAACGGGACGCAGCGGGUGCGACUCCUGCACCGGUAUAUCUACGACCGGCAGGAGAUCGACUACUUCGACAGCGACCUCGGGAAAUUCGUGGCCGUCACUCCGUUGGGGCAGCCCGAUGUGGACAAGUGGAACAACGAUAAGGUCUAUCUGCAGAUCAAGAGGGCUGAAGCGGAUUCCGUCUGCCGAUACAACUACCGGGUUUUCCAGGGAAAUUCUGUGGUUGGCCGGAGAUCCAAGCCCACCGUCUCCAUCUCCUCCACCAAGCUGGACCCUGCUUCCCCCCACACCAUCCUCCUCUGCACCGCGAGGGGCUUCUACCCCAUGGGGAUCGAGGUCCAGUGGCUGAAGAACGGGCAGCCAGAGAAGGAGGGCAUGGCCUUCGGGGAGGAGCUCCAGAAUGGAGACUGGACCUACCAGCUCCAGGUGAUGCUGGAGACCCAGCCCCAGCGGGGAGACGUCUACACCUGCCAGGUGGAGCAUGCCAGCCUGAAGGCCCCCAUCACCAUCCAGUGGGAGCCCCGAUCCUCCAACUCUGCCAGGAGCAAACUCUGGACGGGGAUCGUGGCAGCUGUGAUCGGGUUGAUCUUCUUUGUCAUGGGGCUCUCCCUCUACCUGAAGAGCAUGAACACAACUCCCAUCCAGCCUCCUGCAGCACUCAUGAAUUAAUCCUUCUUGAUUCCUGAUGGGAAAGAAUGUUUUUUUUUUUUUCAGUAGCUGAUGAAUUUCUGUCUUUCUUGCAACCUCUGAAAAAUGGAGGCUCAAAGUUUUAGAUUGGGGGGAGGAGGAGAAUGACAGCCUGGAGCUUCUCCUACAGAGACCCCUCCGGCUUUCUUUUCAGGGCCUCCCUUUCUUGGGAGGGAGGGAUGGAGACCAUCUAGACUGACCCCAGGCACUCCGGGCCUGCCUGUCCCUCCAGACACCCAAAUCUCUCCCUGCUUUGAACCCACAGCAGCUUCAUCUCCAUCACUCUUCCUCCGAAUCCAUAGUGGACGUGGGGAAUUCCACCUCACCAAGGAACUCUGGUCUGGGUUUACAGGAUCCGGCCAGUCAGCAUGAUGGAGGGUCACCUGAAUAUAGGGGGCAUCAAAGUCCUGGUCUGACGAGCCUGGCAGGGGAUCUGGCUGAUCAGGCAAGCACACCUGUUCUAAGAAGAUCAGAGUGGGCCAGAGGUCCACCCAAACACUUAAAGGACUAUGUGAGGUUCCUGUCAAGUUAUGGGGAGGCCUAGUAGUUCUCUAUAAAUCAGAACGCAUUCAAAUGGGAGGAGAUUUAUAGUCAUGUAAAAUAUUAAGUAUUUUGUUGUGGACAAAGGAAAGAAAAGGUGUCAGAUUUGUAGUAAUUUCAACAGAGAUGAGGGCAUCCUGCAGGACGCAAAGGCCCAAGUGGAUUACUUCUGUCGGCCCAACUACGAGGUUGCCCAGAGACUUUCUGUGGUUGGCUGGGGAGGUGAGUGUGGGAAAGAGAGUUCCAUGAGGGGGGGCAAAGCUGGGACACCCCUCCCCCCCACCGCUUUCAUUUCAUUUAUUAUUUAUUAGGAUUAAAUUAAAGUUUAUUAGGACUCUCCCGGAUAAAGAUCUGCCCCUGAUUUAUUCUGUGCUCUCAGGCCUAUGAAAUUUAUUCAUUUAUUAUUGUCAUUUAUUGAUAUUUCUAAAUUGACCCUCUCCCUCAAAGAGGAGUUCUGGGUGGUGUAAAUUAUAACCCACAAAUAAAUAAAUGUAUUAAAAUAAGGUUGAAAGUC